AUGGAUUUCAAUAACCGAAGAAGCUGUGGGAAGGAGUUGUUCUGUUACGUGCACAUUGGUGGACAUUUUGAAGCAAAUGGUGAAGGGAUAGUUAAAUAUAUUGGAGGGAGUGUAAGGGUAACCAGUAUAAAAGAAUGGAUAACAGUAGACGAGUUGUGUGGAAUAAUUUCACAGUGGAUAGGCAAUGAUGGUGGUGGAUAUGAGAUUAAGUAUAAAGUUAAAUUUGAUGAGAGAGGGAAAGGGAAUGAUAGGGAACGUAGAGCAAGGAAUGAUCCAGACGUGAGUGAGAAUUUAUUUGGACUUUCACAAGAUAUGAAUACAUUUGAAACGACCAUUGGUGAUGAACAUGAGCCAGUGAAUGUUGAGAAUGGAGUUGAAUGCCUAACUUUUGAAGGAGGCGGAUCAAGUCAGAGAAGCAAGUGUAGUGGUUCAGAGAGUCAGGGAAGACUGACGGGCGAGAUGAAUUGUACGAAAUGGGCAGGAGUGUUUGUAGGAGUGGGCCAAUAUGUUCCACAUGCUGUUGCUUUUAGGGAAGCUGUGUACAGGUUCAGUAUUGCAGAGAAGUUUGCAGCAAGAUAUAUCAGGAAUAGUAAGGAGAAGAUGAAUGUGAGGUGUAAAGUAGAAGGGUGUCCUUGGAAGAUAUGUGCAAAUGCUGUUGGAAAGAACAGUCAUCUAUUACGUGUGACUACAUUUUGCAAUAAGCACAUUCAUUCAGCCCAAGACAAUUUGAUUGUGACUUAUGGUGGGAGUGCUGCGUUGACAUCAUCAGUAAUAGUUGAAGAGAUAAGGGACCAUGCUGAAAAACGGCCCACUGAGAUAAGGAAGAUGUUGGAGAGGGAGUAUGGUGUGAGGCUUACAUAUUGUCAGGCAUAUAGAGCAAAGGAAAAGGCAAUGGAAGAAAUACAUGGGAAACCGGAACAGUCCUAUAUGUUAAUACCAUGGUUAUGUGAAAGGUUGAAGGAAACUGAUGACAAAACGGUUGCUGAAUGGGCCUCCAUUGGUAAUAGAUUUGAGCGUGUGUUCAUUGCAUACGGUGCAUGUGUUGAGGGUUUUUUGAACGGUGCAAGGCCUAUAUUAUAUGUUGACGGUACUCAUUUAAGUGGUCCAUAUAAGGGGACAUUACUGUCAGCUUCGGCAUAUGAUGCGGAUAAUGAGAUGUUGCCGUUUGCAAUAGCAGUGGUGAAGGGAGAGAAUCUUGAUGACUGGACGUGGUUUUUUCACAAGAUUAAACAAAUUGUUGGUUCAAUGCAACUGACUAUUGUGUCAGAUAGACAUAAUUCUAUAAUUGGUGCUGUGCAAGCAAUAUUUGGGGGUGAAAGGCAUGCAUACUGUUAUAGGCAUGUGAAGGAGAACUUUAGCUCUGAAUAUAUGAAAGUAAACAGAGGUCGGAGAAGGACAAGUGAAAAUUCAAAGGAAGAUGCAUUAAAGGUACUGGAUAAAGUGGCUUAUGCAAGACUUGCGGAUGAGUUUGAUCAUGCGCUGGAUGAUCUCAGAACCAUGUCUCAUGAGUUAUAUGAGUGGGUUAUCAAUCAAGGUGAUGUGGAUAGGUGGGCAUUGAGCAAGUUCCCAUAUAGAAGGUGGGACAACAUAACAACUAAUUUAGCUGAAUCUUUUAAUGCUUGGAUGGUAAGGGAGAGGAAGCAUAACGUGGCCCAAAUGAUCCAUGAGCACCGGGAGAAAGUAGCAAGAAAGAUGCAUGCAUCAUAUGCAGCAAUGACUAAGUGGAGUAAUUGCGUUGGGCCAAAAAUAGAGGCAAAAGUAUUGGAGCAUGUGUAUUUCGGUAGGUACAUGCACUGUGAGAAUUAUGGAGGGGGAAGAAUAUGCGUGCACACAUCACGUGGAGACCAAAGAGUGGACCUUGGCCUACACAAAUGUAGCUGUGGAACUUGGCAAAUGUUAGGGAUUCCAUGCUCACAUGCUUGUGCAGCCAUUAAGACCAUAGGGGGAAACGUUUAUGAUUAUGUUGAAGAGUGUUACAAACGUUCAUCCCAAGAAAAAAUCUAUGCCCGGAGCAUGGUUCCAGUGGUGACAAUUGAUAUGCCUCACCUGAAUGACUAUACGUUUGAGAAUCUUACUGCUCAACCCUUGCUUUUACCCCCAGAUGUUAGUAGAUGUGCACAUAUAUUUUUGUUACUUCUAUGUUUGGGACAAAGGGACAUUAAGUGGAAGAUGUAA